AAAAUGCGUUUUAGCUCACUUAAUGUAAAUAUAUGCAUAUAAUAAGCGACAUCUAGCCAAAUUAUUAGUUAUAUUGUCAGGAGCUGCUCGGUGAUGUUAACACUCCUCGUCUUCCUUUCGUUGGUUUAUGGGCUGGAGGGAGCUGAUGUGGUUCUGUCCUGCUCGCUGAUCGAAGAGGGGGGAGGGAUGGGAGGCAUGAUGGGCGGGUCGAUGUUCAAGCGCACUCCCUCCACGCUGGUGUUCAGGGAUCUGGUUGGGAAUGCUGAUCUGUCACCAGAGCUUGUGACCCCAUAUAACCCCCCCGAGACCCCUAAUGCCGACGAUCUGAUCUUUGAGUUAAUGUUACCAUCCAUUCAGAUUCCUAAUGUAGACUUGCUUCUCCACGCUGAUUGUAAUGAACAGGAAGUGGUUUGUGAGAUUAGCCGUUAUGUUCCUCGUGAUGCUGAUUUGGAUUCCCUGCCUGCACAUUUCAUUGGCUCAGUUCAGCUGGAUGGAGGCGGGAUCAGCCUCACGCUGGUCCUCCAGACGCUUCACAGUGAGACCACACAGUCCCACACGCAACCACUUGUGCAGAGUACACUGAACCUGACUCUCAGCCAAGCAGGAACGUUGCUGACAGAGGUUGUGUUUGUGGUGUUCUCGCGUGUCCCAUCCAUAGUGGCUCCAAUAGGGGGUGAUGUGCUUUUAGACUGUGGCUUUAGACAGAAGGACUCCGUCCCAGGGCAGGAAGUGGCACUUGAGUGGCGUAUACAACAUAGAGGAAAUGGCCGUAAAAUUCUUGAUAUGAAAGCGAGGGAGGAGGAGGCGGACAUGGCACCAGAACUAUUUGUGGACCGGGAAGGCACAAGCGCUGAAGCAGAUCUUCUGGUGAGGGACGGGAAUGCGUCUCUGACUAUGCAGAGGUUAAAGGUCACAGAUGAGGGCACAUACAUCUGCACUGUCGGCUCUGGGGAGUUUCAGACUCAACAGAUCGUGCAGCUGCACAUUACACAACCUCCUCAUGUCACACUGUCUGAGGAGAAACUGAUAUUUCAGGAUUCGACACCUCAGAAGCUGAGCUGUCACUGUCAGCGUUACUACCCUCUGGAUGUGCAGGUGGAGUGGUUUUCCCAAGCACCCUCUGCAGAAGAGCCAGUCUCUUUGACAAAAGAAUCCUCUCUCUCCAGCCAUCGGCAGCACAAUGAUGGGACAUACUCCCUCUCCUCUUUCCUCACCCUACGGCCCGACGAGCACCCACCGGGGACGAUUGUCACCUGUAGGGUCUCUCACUCCGCCCUAGAAACACCGAGUGAUGUCAGUCUGACUGCGGACAAAACUGAGCCAAGAAAAGCCUUCUGGACAGUUAUCUUAAUGUUGGCGAUUUCAGUGGUGUUUUUGUAUCAAGCAUUCAGAGGUGCAGAGAACUGAGGACCCGUCUUCUUGAAAUCUUGGAAGGAGCCAUUUUAGUUUUUUACUUGAUCCGUCUGUCCCCAACUGUCUUCCAGUGGAUUUAUUUUCAUUCAAUCAUGGUACAUUUGUUUAAUAGAAGUUAAAUGUCAAAAAAGGUUUCCUGCAUAACUUAUUCUGUUAAUGUAAAAUGAAUUCCAUUGUUUAUCUUCUGAUCUACUGGAUGUUGUUUAUUUGUUGUACAUGUUCCUUGUGUUUGAUAAAUAAAAACAGAAACAGAUCAGGUUUUGUUGAUGGUUUUACUGGCAUCAUCUACAGUAUCAUGGACAUACAAGCAUGCUGUUUAUGCCAUUACAGUCUAAUCCUGGCAUCAGGCCUGACGGCAUUACCCCUGUGUUAUGGUAUAUGCUUUCAUUCAUUCAUAUUUAUACAUAAAAU